UGAUGCCAUCAGCCACUGUCACAGCCCAGAUCUGCUCCUCACAAGUUGCUGACAGAUUUCUGAGUUGCAGGUCACGCCUGCGUUGGUGCAGAGGUUCGAGAUUCCACAGGUGUUGGCUCAUGCAAUGGGCUGUAUCUGACAGGGAAGGGGGAUGAGAAGCAGUAGGAGUUAUAAAACCUCACAACGGGCUGACGAUCAGGGUGCAAAUCAGGAAGCUGGAGCAGCAGUGAAGAACAGUAAACCACAAGUAUUUGCCUGCCUGGGUAGGUAUCUCUUUUGGAGGAAGCACAGUCCCUACCACCAUCAUGAGCCGCAGCCCAGAGAGAAUCUCGUCCUACCGCCGUCACUUUGAGGACAUCAGCAGCUUUUCCCAUCAGGUCAGAGUGUCCAGCCCAUCCCCCACGAGGAGAGAGGCCCGUCAUGCCUCUGCCGGCUACUCCUGCAGAGCCGGGGCUGGCAGCAUGCGUGUGGAGUCAGUGGGAAGAAGGAACGUCUCGGCUGCACGCAGGUCUCGCAUGGUUGGAGCAGGUGUGAGUGCAGGGGCCAUGGUGUGUGUUGGGCCCAACGGAGAGCCUGCCAUGGACCUAGAUGUGGCUGCAGCUGAGAACCAGGAAUUCCUCACUACACGCAAAAGUGAGAGACAUGAGAUGAUUGUCCUCAAUGAUCGACUGGCUGUAUACAUUGACAAGGUACGAUCACUGGAGCAGCAGAACCAGCUACUGGAGGCAGAGAUCGAGGCCUAUCACAACCGCUUUGAGAGGCCAACCGGUCUGCGCCUCCUGUAUGAGGAACAGCUGAAGGAGCUGAGAAAGAUCGCUGAGCAGAUGAGAGUUCAGCGGGAUGUUUCCUUAGCAGCGAAGGAGUUCACAGCUGCUCACCUAGAGGCAAUCAAAAUCAAAUACGAGGAGGCAGUGGAGCUGAGGAAGAAAGCUGAGUUAGACAUUGAAACCUUCCGUCCAGAUGUGGACAAAGCCACCUCCUCACGCAUUGCCUUGGAGAAGAAGCUGGAGCAACUGGAAGUUGAAAUUGAAUUCCUGAAACGUGUUCAGCAACAGGAAAUUGAGGAGCUCAUGAAACAGAUCUAUUCAGCUCAUGCCGCAGCUGAGAGUGCGUUCACACUCCCUGACUUGGCUGCUGCUUUGAAACAAAUCCAAACCCAGUAUGACGACAUUGCAGCCAAAAAUCUCCAAGAAAUGGAUUCAUGGUAUAAAAACAAGUUUGAAGAUCUAACAAAGAAGUCAACGGGACAUGUGGACAGGGUUCGAAGCUUUAGAGAAGAAGUGGCUGGUGCCAAAAAGGAUAUCCAAAACAAAGAACGUGAUUUGGAUGACCUGAGGACCAGGAAUGAAGCUCUCGAGGCUCAGAUCAGAGAAAUGCAGGAAAGGUACAUGAAGGAACAGAAAGACCUGCAGGCUCGGAUUGAGUCCCUGCAUCUGGAACUGAAAACCACAAAGGAGAAAAUUGCACUGCACCUGCGUGAUUACCAAGACCUCCUGAAUAUGAAGAUGGCUCUGGAGAUUGAGAUAACAACUUACAGAAAAUUGAUUGAGGGAGAGGACCUGCGGCUGACUGGCAUGAUGCAAACGCUGUCUCUGACCACCUGUUCCACCAACGCUAUUGGUGCUGGGGUGAGCUUUGGUGGAGGGAGCAUGGGGGGAGCAGGUGGUGGUGCGAGUGCAGGAGCCAUGGGGAGUGAGGGAGGAAUGGGUGGGGGCAUGGGUGCAAGAGGCAUGGGUGCAGAUUCAGGCAGUUCUGCUGGAGGUAUGGGUGGAAGAAUGAGCACUGGAGGAAGGGCAGGUGGGGCAGACAUGAUUGGUGGUCAUGGAUUGGGAGCUGCGGGUGCAGGUGGAGGUAUAGGAGCUGGAAGUGUCGAUGUGGGUACUGGUGCUGGAAGUGGAGGAGUUGGUGCAGGAGGAAUGAGUGGUGUUGGCACUGGUGGGCUAGGUGCUGGAAGUGCUGGUGUUGGUGGUGGCUCUGGGGUUGCAGGGCAUGGUACUGGACCUGGAGGUGCAGGCUUGGGUGCUGGAGGAGCAGGAACUGGGGUUGGGGGAAACUCCAGCACCGAGGGCAAGGGUGACAACAGCGUGGGUGGCGUUGGAAUUGGUCCAGGUAGUGGCUCUGCAGGUUCUGGUGGCAUGGGGUUCAGUGGAGGCGAAGGGAGGGUUAAUGGAACUGCUGGUGGAAUUGAAGGGGGCGGAGGCAAAGACCACGAAAUGGGUUCCACUGGCAGGGGCAAUGCAGGAACUGAGGGUGCGGGUGGGGAUGUUGCAUUGUCAGGCAUUGGUGGGAAGGGGAAGAGUGGUGGAGGGGCGGGUGAAACCAGCGGACCCGGGCUGGGUAUUGGAUCAGAUGCAUAUGACGGCAACAUUGAAACCUAUGCAGAUCAGGCUGUGGAGCUGACGGAGAGAAGGACAGUGCUCAUUAGAACGGUGAAAAAAGAGGGUGACGUGAUGGAGAUGGACCGCCAGGAACAAACAUACACCAUCACCGGUGCAGCCGAUGAAUCUGACGACGAGUGAGCAACCCAAAUUCCCAAGUGACCUCCUCUCACCCUUAAACUUCCACGCCCCUCUGAGCUUUGCACUGACCAAACGCCAUGUCUGGGCACUGACCUGCGACCUUUGCCCUGGACAAGAAGAUCAUGAAUGAACCUUUGCUAGAAAGUUAAACCUUCCCCUUACAGAGUUUGAAUAUGCCUAAGAACCCUCAACAUGCUCUCUAAACUUUUGUGUGCCUCACACUCCCUCUGUUUUCUUCCCGCUGCAAAUAAAGCUAUCAGCAUUCAA